ACCAAAUUUCACCAGGAACAAAUCUCAAAGUUGCAAUGAAUAGUAAAGUUAACUCAGCUUGGUACUUUGAUAUAUUUUAACACUGAACCAACAUGAUUUGAUUUUGCUCUUUACAUGAGUACUCAUUUCACAUUAUGGUAUCAAAAUUACAGAUUUGUAACAUUCAAAUUGUGCUUCCUUAUGUGUUGCUAGAAUGCUGUUUUUCAGAUUGUGGAUAAAUCGCAUUUGCUUUGUUUUGUUGUUGUUGAUGCUUUUUCAGAGCUGUCUGCAGUAACCAUGGCCAAGCUCAAGCUGCAUGCAGUGUUAUUUUCUCUGGUGGUCAAAGAAAAUGGAAAGUAUUCUCUGUAUGGCUGGUCUGACCUCAGUGGAAGUUGUUCGUUUAAAUGGUUUCGGGACAUUGAAGUAAAACAAUACAAGAAUGUCCCACCAAGAGUGAAGGGCUGCCUGUUUGCUUCAGAUUCCCAGUCCUCCUCGCUGAUGAUUUCUGAAGUCCUUAUGCAGUCACCCCAGUCUUCAACCUCGGUUUGUUCAGAUGAGAUGCCAAACAUAGGGGAUCCGACAGAAGACAGCAGACAGAAUUCGUCGAUCUAUUUGAAAUGUCAUUGUUUAUUUGAAAAAAAGUUACCUGUCCACACCUGUUCGUUUUAAAAACUGUUUGUAUUAUAUGUUCUUUGUACCGUUGCUUUUUGUUUUAUCGGUAAA